UCAUUAUCUAUGUAUUGAUGCUCAGUUUUUCGCUGUUGGAACUUCGAUGCAAUUCCUUUGCGAUCCCCCAGCUUGUAUUCUCUCUGAUUUUUUCCAUUUGCUACGUGCAUGUUGUUUCACCUCUGCGGCCUCGGUUCGGAUGGAGGGCAGGGCCUCAUGGACACUACGGCGGCAUCCGAGUUGGGGAUGAGGGAACCGGUUGCAGGGAUGGAUGGUGCUGGUUUCUGGGAUGUAGGGACGCCAGGCCUAGGUCAGUGGGGCGACAACGGAGGCAAUGAUUCCGUUGAUGACAAUUUAUCUCGGGACAGAGCAGGACCUCGUGGUGGUGGCGCUGUGAAUCAGGAUUUCCAGCAAACUUUUCAUUUUGGAUUCGGAAGAGGAGGAGCUGUUCUGUCCCCGAACCUCCACAGAAACUGUUUCUCACAGUGUCUGGUGAGAAUGGAGGCCUUAGUCAUUGUAUUAUUUAUGGAAAUGAUCAGGGGUCUGAGCACCUUGGAAGAGGAACUCGACGGGGAAGAGGCACUGCUGUUGGAGCAGUGCAAGCAAACUUUGAUGCAGUGGGUUCGUUACCAUCAUAGUUGAGUAGGAAAGGGACGUGAG